GAUGCGUGCAGUUCAUAUCAGUUAGUCGCGGAUCACAACACGGGGUCUGUACCACGUCGUUGGUGGCGGUGGUUCAGUUGUUUAAGUCUGCUGCUGGCGAUUUCACAUCUUAACAUCAAUGGGCGACCAGAAUAACGCGUCUCUGUAGGCUCAGCUAGCCGAGGGAAAACACAGACACUUACCCCUGAAGUUUUGAUGGAAAUAGCGUGACACAUGCAGUGACUGUUGAGAUAUGUACUGAUGUCUAUCUUUUACGCUCAAUAAUAUUAGUCAGCGCACACUCCUUGCUUCCGAUAUCAACGAAAUGAGUUCGAAAUCAACACCAUCUUCCUCAGACGACGAAAGCAAGAAGAAGGUGUCGGACAUGGGGGAGACGAACACAAACGCGGAAGAAAUGUCUCCUUCUGAAGGUACAAUGGAUUCUCAGGGAGAAAAUAAACCAAAUAUUUCUGCACCUACCGACAAACAGAACACCGAGGUGUCCACUGAAUCGACACCCGGGCCAGACAGUACAAUGGAAGAGACAAACGACGAUAAUAGCUCACGGUCAUCGUCGCCGGAUCAUGAGAAAGAACAAGAAGAGAAACAUGUCGAUUCCGAACAUAGUGAUUCAACAAUAGUAGAGAACAGCGGAGAAACUGAGGCUGGAGAUACACCAGUAGCGGCAAAUGACCUCCGUUCUGGUAGCCCUAGCGACAGUCCUAACGAUGAGGCUCAAACUGAAGCAGACGAUAAAAUGACGGAGGAGCCAGAGGGAGCGACGGCUGCGGUGCCUUUGGAAGCAGACGACGGUUUUGACAGACAUAGCGUUAAUAGUUCUGUCAAAAGUGAAGAGUCUAGGACGACAACGUCACUGACGGGGGACAAUUUAGAAAUGCACGACAGUGGGGUGUCUUCUGCCCACGAGGUCGAGGACAGAGUGUCAGACCAACAUAAACUGGACUCUUUCAGCAAUGCUUCCACUAAAAGCGUAGAAUCGUCGGAAGUGUCUGUAUCCCCAGUGUUAGCAGACGACACGGACGACACAACGCUCAAGCGCCAUGACAACGUUGAAGGGGAGAUUACUCCAGAGCCCGAAGCCGAGGUGACCCUACGGAAGAAAGAUAAGCCAGGAGAUGGUGGUGCUCGGCCGAAGGACCGAAAUUCUAAGAUAAGAACUAGUUUUAGAAAUACUUUGAAUUUCUUCCGUAAAAUCCCUGAGAAGUUUCACCAUAAAAAGCAACCGAAGGAACCACCUCCGCUGCCGAGGGAACUAUAUGCAGGAAUAAGAGUCGAGGGGCUGCCGCAGCACUUUGUCACGAAAUACCUCGGCAAACAACCCUGCAAGGGUCUCUUUGGCAUGGAUCACAUACGUGAGCCAGUGGAUGUCAUGGUGAGAGCUGUCAAUCAAAUGAAAAAGGGAGAGGACUUGCCGUUGACCCAAACCACGAUUAGCUCAACUGGCAUUGAAGCCACGGAACAUCCAAAAAAUAGAGCCAAAACUUUUGAGCCCGUGUGUCACCCAAUAGAAACUAUCUCGUACGGUGUUCAGGAUACACGCUAUCCUCGCGUGUUUGCGGUCAUCACUGUUUCGGACAUUAAAGUAGCCAAUAAAGUGACCAACUGUCAUGCGUACGUUUGUAACUCGCCAAUCUCUGCACGCAAAAUGGCCAUGACGCUCCAACUGGCUUUUAAAGAAUACAAAGUAGACGUUAAAGAAAAGCAAAAAAGCUUCUAUCUUCGCUCAGAUCAUGAAUCUGAACCAAUGACUGAAAUAAAGUCAGAUGAGGACGAGGAUGAGGAUAAAACGCACGAAAAUGACGUCGUUGAAGAAAAAGAGGAAGAAAAUACCGAAAAUGUCGAAGUAAAAGAAAAUGAGGACAGUGGCAGCAUCAACGAGCCAAGUGAGAAUAAGGAAACCAAGGAAGAUAGUAUCGAGGAGUCUGCAUCAGCUAUUUAAUUGUUUUUUUUACUUUAGUUACUUUUAGUU